CGCCUCUCCGGGCCAAGUGGGCUGUGGAGAUGCGGGGCACGAGCUGCGUAGGCGGCGGUGGCGAGAGCCCCGGUGGCUCCGGGCUGAGUGAAGGUCCGCGGGGUCGCUGGCUGCGCCUGGCCCCUGUCUGCGCCUACUUCCUCUGCGUCUCGUUGGCUGCGGUGCUGCUCGCCGUCUACUACGGUCUCAUCUGGGUUCCCACGCGGUCCCGCGCCGCCCCCGCCAGCCUGACGCCCAGCGCGCCGUCCUCUCCGUGCGCUGCCCGCCCGGGCUCGCCACCUGCCCCUGUGCCCGCCGCUGCCUCGGUCUCCUGCCUCCUGGGAGUCCCUGGGGGGCCGCGACCCCAGCUGGCGCUGCCCCGCAGCCGCCGCCGCCGCCACGGCGACCCCAGCCGCCGCCCAAGCCACCAGAUGCCUGGAGAGACACCGGAGGCCGCGGAGGGGCGAGGACCUGGGUAACCAUCCUUUCCACCCCAAGCUGGCUGGAUCUCUGGCCCUCGAGAGGACGCGCCCUCGCCGUGGAUGCCCGGUCCGGACUGGGCCAGGACUCUCUCUUCAUGAAAUCGCCUAUAAUCUCUGGAGCUGUCAUCCCGAAGAAUGAGGGAUGAAGGGGAGCUGGCUCAGGGCCUCGCCCGCCCUUCGCAGCGCCUCCGGUGUCUGGCCGGGACCUCCACCAUCUGGCAGAACACGUCCUGAUCUCUCUCUCUCCUGACCUCCUUCCCUCCAUAGGAUUCUGAGCAGAGAGCCCGCAGCCGGCCCCCCUCCUCUCUGAAGCUUGCUGUCCUUAGAUUCACCUGCAAUAAACUCCUGCCCCAACUGCCCGGUGCUGUUGUCUGGUCUGCAGAGGUGCCUCCCCUGUCCAGUCUGUGAUGGAAGCCUUUACUGGCGUCUGAUCUUUGUCUCUCUUGCCCUGGGCUGGGCUGAGUGUGUUCUUCCCUUUCAUAGCGGGGCCCGUUUUCUUCUUCCAGUCGUCAUGUAGUCUUUGGGCUGGGAUGGGAAAAAGAGGCUUACCUGCAACGGGGUAGUUGAAGGUCAGACAGUGCGAAGGACGUAACAGUUCUUUGGCGUGUUUGGGGCCGAGGACAGAUACCUGUGGUGAGAAGCACAGGGUCCGCCUUCCCGUCUCAGCACAGGAGGCAAGAGGAGAGGUGGGAUGACUUCAAGCAAGAACGAGGGUUCUGGGAUUGAUGCUUAGUGUAAUUACAAUGCCGGGAACAGAGGCUAAGCCGCCCGGGGACACCAGGAUGCUGCUGGGAGGGAAUGGUGCCUUCUGCCUGGCGUCGGAGAGAAGAGCGCGGGCAGCACUGGUGGCAGGGCUUCUCUGCCUCCCCGGAAACCACGGAGGGCGCGCUCUCCAAGCACCGUGCGGCCUUUGAAGAUUAGUACGUGCUCCCUGGGCUGCAGUGCUGCUGCUGGUCAACCAAGGCAGAGAAACCCAGGCCCUGCUGAAAGCAUCGGAGGUCGUUGAAUCCAUUUUCCGACCAGAAGGCUGAGGCCUGGCUCUGGGCAGGGCCCUGGGCCCUUGGUGCAGGAUGUGAUUUUCCUGUCCAGCCUCCUCCUUUGAACUGGAGGUUUUCCCAGAAGGUGAAAUUGAGCCUCCGCCUUCAGACUAAGACAUCUGUGGAUACCGACUGCGCUGGGGGUGUCAGUCACUCCCUUCACUCUGCACCCCCCACUCUGGUACCAUUCCCCAGAGGGUGUCUCCGGAAGGAAGGGGGACUCAGGAAGCCAGCACCCUUUAAUAUUAAGCUUAGGUGGUGGCUAGGGGCGUUAAUUUUAGAGUCAAGAUGUCCAGAUUCACAUCCCACCUUUCCUCUCACUAGUGUGACUUUGGGCAGGUCUCCCAACCUCUUUAGUCAUGUAAAGUGAAAAUGUAAUAAUAGUAUUUAUCUCACAGAAUUUCCCUGAGGAUUAAAUAAGCUAGUGAUCUUGGAACAGCAUCACAUUCUUUCUCUCCACCCACCCCUGACCCUCAGGGCUUUAAAGAGCAAAGCUUGGAUCUUAAGAUACCAAGUCAGCCCAAAGCUCUGGAUGUCAGCGUUUAGAGAGAGGGACUUCAUCUCUGUUCCCACCCCCCCCCACCCCCCAUUUCUACGUUUCAGCUCUC